CACGACUCCGACGAGAGAACACGCAGACAGGACGCCACAGGAGCUCAGAGCGUGCGCGCGUGAGAUAGUAGGAGAGGGUUUGAGGUGGGCAGGCAGGUAUUCGUCGCUGGUGUUCCUCCUCUCCCCCACCCCCACGAGAAGUGCGUGUGCGCGUGCAAAAAAUUAAUAAUAAAAAAAAUAAAGAGUGCCGCGGCCCUGGAGUGUGCGUAUCGGGGAAAGCUGGAGCCUUAAAAAAUUUAUAUAUCGUCGUCAGCAGAGCGCUGGAGAACCAGAGGUGUACAGAGAUGCGCGAUACAAGCACACACGAGUCCCCCUGCAGAACACAGUGAAGGGAGACUAAUCACUCCGAGCGUUGAAGUGCUUUAUGGCCACCAAUUUCUUUCACCCACGGUUCGUGACCUGACAGCAUCCUGAGUUCUCUCGAUAAAAGACUGUCAGGAGGAUUUCAUGUCCUUCGAAGAUACGGAGGAAGGCCUGGCUGCGUGAGGACCGUGGCGGGCGCGGGGCGGCAUGCACACCAAUGUGAACAUCGAGAGGAACUCCUGGCGCCUGCCGCCCGAUGACACCGUGCAGGUGGCGGACCAGCGGUCCAAGAGCGCCGAGGACCUGGUGUACCCCGGCGCGUCAGGCGGCCACAACUGGCGCAGCAUCGUGCUGUCGCUGGCGGUGAUCGGCCUGGUGAUCGCCGGCAUCCUCAUGGCCAUCUACCUGCUGGGCUACGUGGACGAGCUGCUGUACUGGAGCGGGCGCCGCAUGAAGCUGGACGAGUACCUGGAGGGCGACCUGAACCCGCGCCGCCUGCCGCCCGCCUGGAUCUCCGGCACGCGCUUCGUGUUCCAGGGCGACGACGGUGGCCUGGCGGUGCUCGACACCUCCAACGACACCGUCACGCAGCUCGUCACCAACCACACCUUGCGGCAGCUUGGGGCAGAAGGGUACGAAUGCUCCAGCGACCUGCGCUACGUGUUGUUUCGUCUUAACAUGAAGCCGGUGUUUCGGAAGUCGUUCGUGGCCCACUACACGGUGUACGAUGUCUCCAACGACCACCACAUCCCCAUCCGCCUAAACGACGCGCCCAAGGUGCGGCAGUCGUGGCUGCAGCACGUCACGUGGCUCGGCAACACGACGGCGCUGCUCCUGGUGGCCGAGAACGACAUCUACCUUCGCCAAUCGCCCGCCGGCGCGCAGGACUUCCGCCUCACGGACACGGGCCGGCCGGGCGUCGUCUACAACGGCAUCGCCGACUGGCUCUACCAAGAGGACAUCCUGCAGAGCCCGGAGGCGCUGUGGGGCUCGGCCGACGGCAGCCACGUCCUGCACAUGUCCUUCGACGACUCGGGCGUGCGGGUGUUCAUGUUCCCGUGGUUCGGCAGCGGCUCCUCGUCCAGCGGCUCCGUCACCGGGUCGGCGGGCGCGUGGACGGCCUUCCCCGAGUCGCGGUCCAUCCGCUACCCCACGCCGGGCACCACGAACCCCACCGUCAAGCUGUGGGUGCUGGACGUCACGAACGCCUCGGAGCCCCUGAGGUGGGAGGUGCGGCCGCCAGAAGCGCUCCAGGGCCAGGAGUUCUACCUGACGUCGGCGGGCUGGGUGGGCGCCGGCACCACGCACGUGUCCGCCGUCUGGAUGAACCGCGCGCAGAACACCAGCAUCAUCAGCUCGUGCCACGCGCCCAACUGGACGUGCGUCGAGAUGCACACGGAGCGGGCGUCGGAGGACACGUGGCUCGACGUGCAGCCGCACCCCGUGUACUCGCCCGACGGCGAGAGCUUCCUGGUGAUGGCCACGGUGAAGGAGGGCAGCCAGAACCAGUUCUACUCGCACAUCAAGCACAUCACGCCCAGCCAGCAGCGGAUAGCGGUCAUCAGCCACGGCAACUACGAGGUCGUCCGGAUCCUCUCGUGGGACACCACCAACCACCUAGUGUACUACCUCGGCACGCACGACUCCAAGACCGGGCAGCGGCACCUGUACGUGGUGCGCGACCCGCACACGGACGACCCGCGCCGCCUGGAGCCGCAGUGCGUGACCUGCGACCUGGGCGACGUCUUGUGGAGCAGCCGCUACUGGUACGCCAACUGCACGCACUUCUCGGCGUCCGUGAGCCCCAGCGGCGGGGUCGCCUACUACGUGCUGGAGUGCGAGGGCCCUGGGCUGCCGCUGGCCGGCGUGCACGCGGCGGGCACGCACCGCCUGCUGCGCGUGCUGUACAACACACGCGCCUACCGCGCGGCGAGGCUGCGCGAGCUCGCGCUGCCCACGGUGCGCAGCUUCGAGGUGCCCAUCUCGCAGGGCUGCCGCGCGCGCGUGCAGCUGCUGCUGCCGCCCAGCUGGCGCGAGGAGCUCCGGGACGCCGCCUACCCCGUCCUCGUCGAGGUGAACGGGAGGCCGGGCAGCGACUCGGUGAGCGACAAGUUCGCGGUGGACUGGGGCACCUACAUGUCCAGCCACAACGACGUGGUGUACGUGAAGCUGGACGUGAGGGGAGCCCGCGGCCAGGGCACCAGGGCUGUGUACCGCCGCAUGGGGGGAGUCGAGGUGCAGGACCAGAUCACCGUCCUCAGGUACCUGCUCGACACGCUCAAGUACCUGGACGAGACGCGCGUGGGCGUGUGGGGCUGGGGCUACGGCGGCUACGUCACGGCCAUGCUGCUCGGCUCGCAGCAGAACAUCUUCAAGUGCGGCAUCGCGGUGUCGCCCGUCUCCGACUGGCUCUACUACAACUCUGCCUUCACGGAGCGCAUCCUGGGGCUGCCCGGGGACAACUACAAGGGCUACGUGGAGGCGGACGCCACGCAGCGGGCUCGCAACGUGCCCAGCCACUCGCUGUACCUGCUGCACGGCCUGGCCGACGUCACGGCGCCCUACCCGCACGGCGUGGCGCUGGCCCGCGCACUCGCCAAGGCCGGCGUCAUAUUCCGCUACCAGAGCUAUGCAGACGAGGGCCACGCCCUGCUCGGAGUUCUGGGCCACGUGUAUCGCUCCAUGGAGGACUACCUGAAGGAGUGCCUUAGUCUCGAUGACGAACAGCAGCAGUCGUGAAGACCGCGCCGGAGGGACCCCGCCAUCCUCCCCCGCGCCGCGGCGCCGGUCUGGUGUCUGCCGCCCGCUCCGAGGACAGAGCCCCGCGGCGGCCCGACCCCCCCCUUCCCCCCGCCCUGGACUCCGGACGAGACCGGCACCCUGGCUGUCUCGCACUCGUGCCCGGGGAAAACGUUUUCACCUGCUCCACUCGACUCGGUAUGAUGUCAAUUCAAAAAACAAACAAAAAAAAUACAUCUUUGUAAUUUUUAACUGUGUGAAUUACAUCAUCGUGUACACUUGCAUGUUAUCUGAUGACACAAAAAAAAGUAUCCGGAAAGUUUUUGGACGUGUUCAUGCUGUCUUGUUUUUUUUUUUUUUUUUUUUUUUCCCCCGCGGGAAGCAGAGAGGUAAUGAUAAAGCAGUCAGAUUGUUCGUUUGCUUUUGAACCGGAUUCUCCCUUUUUUCCCCCAUGAGAGAAGGUACCCACUUCGUUUCGAAAUGAAACGUGCUGAUUAAUGAGAAGAGCAUAUAGGAUGUUUUUUGAGAGAGUUGGAGAAAUGUUUUGAAUGUGAAACCUGUGGUUGUGGCUCUGUGUAGCACGGUGUGAAGUUAUCAAGCAUGAACAGGAAAUGAAAGACCUAGCCCAAAACUGCAUCGGUAGCAGAUUAAAAAAAAGAAAGCAAUAAGGUGUUAGUUGAAAACUUUUCAGAAUUCCGGUAACAUAAUAUAUGUUCUGGAGGGAUAACAUUACGUAAAGCCGACUUCGUGAAAUGGUGUUAAAAUCAGUGGAAAUUAACAUGAAGCAAUAUACAUUACUCCAUUUUCAUCCUGGUUGUGAGUUCAUGCGUGAUAAUUUUUUGGAUCCUGUUGCUAUUUUUUCUCAUCAUACACAGCGCUGUCAAAAUACAUUAAGCGACAAGACUUGAUCCGCGCCAACUUGAGCAGCUAUCUAUUCUCCGAUUCGAAAUUCGAAAAAUAUAUAUAUAUAUAAUAAAGCUGAGAUCGAUGUGAGAAAUGCCUUUCAACAAAAGUUUGUUUUCAGUUGCUUAUUACCAAAACAAUCCUAGGUAAAUUACAAUUUUCAAACGGAAAGAGAAUUACUGCAUGUGUCGUAAUACUCGUAGGAAAAGAAGUCCUUAAUUUUGUUUGCCCAAAACACUACGACUACAGUGCGGAUACAAUCAUAAGAUGGAGUUGCUGGGUCUUCGAAUACAGACAAUCCCUAACUUAAUUCCGGGAACCUAGGUAGCCACUAGAUUCAUCAGUUAAUACAUCACUUCGAUAACAUACAAAUCUUAAUGAUAGUAACGCCUUGGAAUUACUCUAGUUUACACUUAUUCUACAUGUACAGAAUUAUUCUCUCUUAAUAACGUGACUGAAAAUGAUGUCAUUAGGAGCUGUCCACUACGUCAUUCAUUCCAAUCCAUGGCACUUACAAAAGGUUUACAGAGUGCUUUACAUUACUCUUUAUAUUUUUAUGCAUCAAUUUCUGUUUGUAGGCAGUUGUUUUACACAUUAUCGAAGACUGCAAGGCAUGGACAAUCGAAUCACAAGGUAAAUAUAAAUAAAUUUUUUUUGCCUAAAGUAUUUUUAUGUCUAACGUUCUCCAAAAUAUUUAUACAAAUAUAAUUUUAUACACAAAAAUUAUAGUAACUAAUAACCAAACAUCUGUUCAUUUUUGAUGCUAAUAACUAAAUUUAAAAACAAAUUCUUUUAACGUGUUAAUGCAAUAUUGAUAGUAGUCAUUUAUUUGUAAUUAAUGUAAAACAACUGCACUUGCCUCUUAAAUAGACACCCCUUCUCGGACAGCUCUUAAAGAGUAAAUGGUUUCCUGAGUCAUAUUUGCUAUAAAUUUAAAUCUAAACACACAUUCGCGCUUAAAUAACCCAAUCACUCUACUCUUCCUGUUUUAGCUGUAGGAACAUAUAAAUUACUUGUUGGUGAGAAGUUUCAUACAAACAAUGUAAAAUGGUCGAGAAACAAACUUGUCGAGCGAAAGAGUUGGAUUAUCAAGUGCUGCUUUUGAUAGAAUAGUUAGUAUUUUCAGAACAAAAGACAUCGUUGAUUUUUUUGUAAAAUGUUGUUUGUAAAUAGAUUGUUUGAUUAAUGAUAUUGUGGUUAUCUGUGUAAUCUGUCACCAACACCCAAUUCAUGAAUUCUUGUUUGCGAGUUUGAGUAAGUGAUAAAAUUAAUCGAACAUAAAUCUUCUUAAUCUGUUAGUAAUUUUUGCUUGAGGAUUGUCCACUUCUGAUUUAUUGGAUAAAAUAUCAUUGAAGUGUGCACAUUACUUGAGGGUUGGUAUCAGAAUUAUUGUUAAAAAAUACAAGGAUUACAUAUAAUUUAUGUUUUGGCAAGUUGAGCGUAAAAUAAAGCUGUGAUUUGUAUUAUUUAAUGUGUUAGCUCAAAUGCUAGUGGUAGCUUAGAAUAAGGCAUAGUUCACCAGCACCAAGACUGAUUUCAUGAUGAAAAAAUUAAUUUUCUGCCUUGAAAAACACAGAUUCUCACUAUGAUUUCUUAGUAUUAGACUACUUUUAAAUAACACAUUUUCACAAUUUGUAAAUUUCUCUUGUUUGUAACAUUACAUACAUUGUUUUCAAAAAAUCUGUUGUUUAUUAAUUUUUUUAGCUGAGUUGUUUGUGUGAACGUACCAUCAUAAGCAAUACUGAAAAUACAAUCAAUCAAUACCAUCAAAUCAAACUGACUGCACCAACAAAAUUUAAUAUCUGUGGUGUAUAAUUUAGAGGUGAUUUUAUGGGAAUAAGUAAUUGUUUCUCUUUCACAUGAGUAUCUAAAUGAAUUUCAUUUUAAUAUGUCUCUUUAUUUUUCAGAAAAUAUGUAAACAAGUAUAUAACUUUUAGCUUUUUUGAGCUGUUAGAUUUUCAGUUGGUAGGGGCCAUAUUAUAGUGACGCUUUGUUGAUAGUGAUGACAUUAAUUAGCCUGCUGUUUUUUUUCCCCCUAUUUAUCAGUCAAAACAGUCCAUCAUACUGAUAUUCAAACCUGUUAUGUUUUCGAAUUUCUCUAAGUUAUUGUUAUUUUUGCUUCACUGGUUUUUCAUGAGGAAAAUAAAGUCAAUGUAGAAGUGUAAAACAUUAAAAUUUAACUUGUUUUAUGCUUAUAUAAUCCAUUUUAAUGUGCUGUACAAACAUGUACAUGUACUUAAGAUAUUUGUUAAAAACAAAAAUUGGUUGUCUGUAAAGUUGGUUUACGGGCGAUAGUUUAACGUGACAAUGUCAUAACAAAACAUUGAUAAAAUUAUUGCAUACUUUUAUGAAUAAAAUUGAAUCAUUUUUAUUGAAUUAUCACUAUUUUGUAUGGAUACAAAGGAGUGAAAUGAAAUAUACAAUUUAAUUGAUAAAUUUACUUUUAUUUGCACUCAUUAAUUCAAAUAUGUUUAUUACUUUAACGAAGAGAUUAUUUUAACUAUAACUUUUAUACAUGUUUGCUAUUUAACUUCUUCCAAUCUGUGUAAUUCUGUUAAGGAUAGGACGAUGAUAGGAAAAGUAGGAAACGAAUGGGAGUGUUUCAAGUUUAAUGUGCCUCGAAAAAGUCAAAUUGAUGGUUGUUCCAAUCGAGUGGAAGAGAGAUAGAUGCGGCGCAAGCCUACAAUGUGCAUAACGGGACACUUUUUCGUGCGUGCAGCCGGCGUUCAUCGAUUUAUUAGACGUUGUCUCGUCAAAAAAAAAAAAAAAGUAAUUCGGUUCUGACACUUGGUUGAAAGUCACUAACUUUUUCCUGUUCCGGAAAAUUACACCAUGUAAGUAUUACUCUAUGAAGAAGGUGUUUGUCCUGAAGUUGAAGUCACUCUGGUAAGCGAUUGGUUAUCAAAACAAACCAUAGCUGUUUAAAAGGGAAAUUCUAGAGGUUUAAUAAUUGUUUUAAAGGAACUUAGUAGAAAUAAUCGUAAAAAUGCCAUCAUGAAGGGAGUAUUGUCAAAUAAAGAUGUUAACAACACACCAGCAAGAAAUUAGCAUUAAACUUCAUAAGGUAUAGGUAAACAGGAAAAUGAUUACGUAGCUAUCCAGAAGUAAAAAGUGGAGGGGUUGGUUUCCAUUUUGACUUAAUUAUUUUUACAGCAAAGAUUACACACCAUUCCCUAACUUCUUUCUCCUUGACCUAGACGAGCAAAUUCCAUGCCUGACAAAAAUGCCGAUAAUGUAAAUGCGAUUAAGCGCUCCUAGUUUCUUUGACAGCAAGCAUAUGGAAUUUUGAGUGACUACUUAUUAGCGUCAGUGGUUUUUUUUUAGGGUAACCUUGUCAAGGUGUCUUGGGGUCAUUUAAAGAGUGGGGAAGUAUUAGUGAACACUCAGUUUAUUCAGCAUAAGCACUUGUAUUAAAACUAUAGUCAAAUUAUUGAGAAAUCUAUUCUUUAAAUUAUAAUUGAAUUCUCAAAUACUGUAUAGUAAUCAAAUGUUUCAGUAUUGCUGAUGACUGCCUAUUAAUUAUACAAAAAGAGCUUAUAAAACAAAUGAACUUGUUCCUUGUGUAUGAUAUUUUGAAUGAGAAGCUAACAGCAUUUCCAAAAUAAUUUCUUACUGUAGUGCUUGCUGUGCAAGUUUUAUAAAGCCUUUCACAUUUACAGAUGUCUUUUUUUUUUGUAUGUGUGUGAAAAAAAUAUUUUAAUAAUUUAUCCAAACACUUGGUAUAAAAUUAAUUAGAUAUAUCACAAAAUAUAGUAUUAGCAUGAGUAUUGUUACACUAAGUACCUGAAAAAAAAUGAUUCUUUAUACAUAUUCUGAAUUGUGCAGUAGGCCUACUUAGUUAAGUUUGCUAACUGGUUUCUUGCAUGUACAAAAGGUGUAUCUUAAAUAAUUAUUAAUUUUAAUAAAAAAAUUAUUUAGUAAUUUAGUCCCAUUUCUGUAAUUAUUAUUUUUUAGUCUUAUUUUAUUCAGUUUUUUCUAAAUGAUUUAUUUGUAAUUUUUCAUUACAUAAUAGGAUUAGCCCCUAAACAUUUCAUACUUUAAUUGGCAUCACACCUUAAUUUCAGGCUUUGUUUGCCAUAUAUCUUCCAGGCUACACCUCUAUUUAAUAUUUUAAUUAAACCUUUUGGAAUAAAAUAAUUUCGUUGCAAAAUCAAGCUUCUGUGAACUCAAUUUCUUCAAUGUUCAAUGCAUCUGGUUGCAUUUACAGGUUUAAGAGAUGGAACUAUAUUGCUGCUUAUGUCUUUGCAUCUUUUGGCUUUCUAAACUGGUUUGAUGACUGUAGAUCAUUUCAUUCUUUUUUACACAAUACAGAACAGCUAAUCCCCUCGAAAUAGUAGAGUGUAUUAAUGUUGGCAGGACUGAUGCUAGUAGUCUGGAUAAUCGUACUCAUAAACUGCGUUCAGUGUAGAACUCCCCAACAUGACGUUGCACAUGGGCUUGUGUGUGACCCCUUCCGCUGAAGUGUACUUAAUAAGGUGCAAAAAAAUUUUUAGUGUGGUUGAAAAAAAAAUUGUGUUAAGGUGAUACCAUAAUGCUUACAUACGAAACAAUUACAUGAACGAUAUUAUUUAUGGACAAUUUGUUAACGUAAGGAAUAGUGGAUGACGUGGGGUAGCCAAGAAGAUGGAAGAUUUGUGAAGUACAUGCUCUUUGGAGAAUAAGCACCACUAAGGCGUCAGGCUCGUCUGAAACUGAAUUCGGUAAUGGUACGUAUCCUCGGAGACUAGGAAGCUGUGUAAUAUUGUAGACUCAACAAGAAAUGUGUCUAAUCGUUCAUUGUUCCGUUUUGUAUUUAUUACUAUUAUGCUGAAAAUUGUUUUCAAUAAAAUGUUUUAGAAUUUU